AUUGCUAAGCAACGGCGUCCACAAAAGCCGUGUUGCCUUCCGUACAGCUGUUUGAGUACUGGUACUUCAGCUCUGUGUUGGGAUAUCGAUAUAUAUCGAACCGCGCUCUGGUCAUUUUCGUAUAAAAGAAGGCCGAGUCGAGACUUCUUCGUGUUGAGUAGCCUGCAAGUCGUAAUUGCAAGGAAGCCCCAGUCAUGAAUCUGAUGUCUGAACGUGAUGCCCCCUUCUGCUCCAUGGUGAGGGCGUCAGGACAGGGAGAGGUCUGGACACACACACACGAUGAGCUCAAGUUCACCCAGUUCGGCUGGAGGUCCACAACAAAUGAGGAAGGCUACAGGAGCAAAACACUGGUGGGCAACUGGAACGAGCACCGUUUUGAUGUUGACCAUCAGCGAGUGGCAAGACGACUUCCUUCACAAUACGAACACUACUUUGAUACCACCUAUGGCAGCACGCUGAGCACCAAGCCUGCAGAGGUGCCGGAGUCCUUAAAACACCUCGCCGAAAGAGAGCCCAUCGCCUUUCCUGGCAGUCAACCUGAACUGGACCCCCCGCUGCUUAAGAACGAGUACAAUUCCUUCCAGACAACAUCCAGGGCAGCGUAUGUUGACCCCAGGGUCAGAAAGGAGCCCGUAGUGCCGCCAGAAAAUGCUACUCAGGGAGUUGGCAAUAGUCCAAGCAAGAAGGCAUAGAAUUAGCUACUGUACACUAAAUAGAUUCAACUCUAGCAUACAUGACUGAGGAACUAUAUAAAUAAAUAUACAAUGCCAUGUACAUAUGAUAAUGCUGCUGCAGUCAAACCCUUCCUUUUUUACAUUUUGAUAAAGAACACUGCCACAAAAAUUCUUAGCACUGAAAAUAAGGGACUUACAUGUAGCAGUAUAGGAGCAGG